AAGAGGUAUUAACGUGAUUUAAGAGGGAGGGGAAAGAAGACCGAAAACCCAUCACAGCACAGAGAUCAGUAGAUGACUGGAAGCAUUUGGUGAUUGAAGAGGAUUAGUGGAUUAUUAACAAAGCUGUCUGCACUCAAAGCCUCCAUCAUAACAUAUAUUUAUCUUCAGUUGUUUUAACUCUGGUGUCUGUGCAGGUGCCUUCAUCUCAUUGUCCGUCAGCUGGUCGCAGGAACACAAAAUGUGCGGGAUCCAGCGUCAAGAUGUUUGGACUCUUCAGCAGUAGGAGAGUUGUGUCGAGACGGACUACAACGCUGAGAGGAGAAAACAUGAGAUGUAAACGAGCAAACUUAGUUUCAUUUUUCACUCUAACUCCCUCUCCAGUUUCCUCUCCCUCUGGAUAGUUGUCCCCAGAAAUAUGAACAUUCUUUUGUCUUGCAUCAUCGCCAUCAUUUGUUCCGUUCAUCUCCUUGGGACACUAAGCUCUCGCGUGUGCCCACACCACUGCAUUUGCUAUAAGCAUGCUGACCUGGUGGACUGCCGCGAUGGCAGAUUUCAACACGUACCCAGGGGCCUCCCUCAUGGCACGUGGCUGCUGGAGCUAGGAGGGAACAAUCUGAGCAUCAUAGGAACCAGAGUCUUCACUGGGCUGUGGUCCUUGAGGGUUCUGGUGCUGACCAACAGUCAGAUCCAAGAAAUUCAACCCCAGGCUUUUUUCUCUUUAUCCUUCCUGGAAAAGUUGGAUCUCAGCUGGAAUCAGUUAAUGACUCUCCCUGUGGACUUCUCAUCCAGCCUGCCUGCUCUCAAGGAGCUGCGCCUGGAGCACAACAACUUACAUCACAUAUCUGGAUUCAGCUUGGAGUAUUUGGACAACAUGGAAAAGUUGGACCUCAGUUUUAACCAGCUGGUGUCUGUUGGCCCCGGUGUGUUCAGGGGCCUCUCUAGGCUGAGACAGCUCUAUCUACACAACAACAGACUGAGUGUGGUGGAGCAGGGCAGCCUCGAUAUGCUGCCUGGACUUGAGGUGCUCCAGCUGAGCAACAACAACAUCUCCCAGAUAGACACUGAUGCUCUGGCUCCUCUCUAUAGUCUGGCCGUUCUCAAUCUGGAAGGAAACAACUUGCAUCACCUGAAGUUUAAGACCUUCAUCAGUCUUCAUACCACAGCAACACACAUCCAGCUUUCAGGCAACCCGUGGAGCUGCGACUGUGAGCUGCAUCGUGUCUUCAGCAAGAUCUUACAUGUCCGUCACCUGCAUAUCGACGACUAUCGGAAUGUGACCUGCAUGGACCCUCCACAGCUGGUGGGGGCUUCACUGGCCUGGGUGGACAGCCAGCUCUGCAUCGCAGAGACGGCCACUGUCCUCGUCAUCACCGUCACCGUGCUGGUGACCGUGAUGGCAGCUGUGGUGAUGGCAGAGAGAAACAGGAAGAAAAGCCGUGGGAAGAAUUGGGAUACUGACUCACAAAGUCCCCCAUCUUAAAAAAAACAAAACUGUUUCACAACUGGCAGUUUUCCCACAUCAGAUUUCAGUCCUGAGAACUAAUGGGGUAACACAGUGACAGUCAUGAUCACUCACCAACUCUGGCUGGAUAACUGAAAUCUUUUCUUAAGUAAGGUUAGGUACGGUAGAAAGUCCAGUUCAGUAAAUUGUACAGCUUAUUUACUCAGCUAACAGGCCUGUACCUGGCAUUGGCUGCCUUUAAGUUCACUGGUCUUGUGUUGUCUAAUGUUUAAAAGAAGGUUACCAAUACAAAUGUGUUAUACAAGAUUUGUGGACACUGCUGCUUGUGGUUAAUGAUUUGCAUUUCCUGCAGCUUUAUGACAGCAUUGUCUGUCAGAUUUCCUUCUAAUUAAAAAAGUGGAAUAAUGACAUGGAAUCCAAAGCAAGAGUACUGCACAGUGGGCAGAGGAAAAAAAGACAGAACCCUAUUGAGGUAUUAUUGUUAAGCUAGAUGUUUUAUUGAUCAUAAAUGAUAAUAUGUACGGUACGGGUAUUUGGGACUGAACACCCAUCAACCCUAAGAAAAGAAAGAUAGGCUCUAUCUGAGCAGCUAAAACAGCAAAAUAUUGCCUCUGAAGAUAUCCAGAAUUUGGUUUAAAUAAGAUUUGAAAUUAAAGCUGAAAUAUACUGAUGGUGUACUUAACUAUGUUGGAAGAAACAAACUCCUGUGCCACUUUUCAUGCCUAGUGAAAGUGUUCAUAUCUUUACAAUCUUGUUCCAUAUUUUAUCAUAUUUCAACUACUGUUCAAUAUCUUGUGGAAUAUCUGGCAUUUUUGCACUCAUGGAGACCUAGAUUUUGCCCUCUUUCUUGAAAAAUAGCUCACUCUCAGUCAAAUUGGAUGGAAAGCACCUAUGAACCUUUCUAACACAUUUAUUCAUUUACAGUUCUGUAAAAGAAAUUAUCUUUUUUUUCUCUGUCUAGCUAUAUUAAGUACAUAAAGUUCUUUAAUGUACCAUGGCAACACUGUGUAAACCAUUUCAUGUAUUUCAGGGGUCCCCAACAUGGGGCCGGCGGGCACCAAGUAGCCCCCGAGGACCACAUGUGGAGCCCAGGAGCCUGUUCUAACAGAAGCACAAUUCACCAGUGAGCUGCAUCUAAAACUUUAAUUUCAUUCCGUUACUCAUCCUGUUUAUUCACAUUUGGAUUUAUAUAGA